UGAAAUUUAAUGUUUACACUUUUAUUGAGGCAUAUUGAAUUGUUUUUACAAAAUGUUUCCAACGAUGGCUUUCAAUUUCUAAUUUCUUUCUUUUAAAGUGUAAUUUUUUAACUAACUAUGAGAUUAACCAGUAUUCAACAGAACAACAAAUCAUCAUUAUUUGAUAUCUCUUGUAUUCCAGGGUUGAUUCACAAGCAUAGUGAAUCUCAUCAGUCAACCUUGGUUAAUAAUUCUCUACUCUUGUUUUCCUUGCCGAAAUUUUUAUCAUCCUCAUCGUCAUCUUUAUUAUUAUCUCGAUUUUUGUACUCAACAUUGAAUAGGACAUUCACUGAUUACCAUCUAAGGUGGCUCCAAUGGAUUUAUUCAAUAAUCAUGGAAGUAGCAUUGAACCUGUUAGAUAUCAUUCAACUUCAACUAUGUACAAUGACUGGUUUAACUUAGAAUGCGAGGAAAAAGAUAAACCUGAUGAUUCACAGGCAACAAAAACGGACUCUUUUGAUCAUGAAAGCUCAUCAUCAUCAGCACCACCACCAUCAAUAUCUCUUGAAUGGCUACCAACUGAAAUAAUUUAUCGGAUUCUCUCAUACUGUAACAUCCAAACUCUUUCGGCUUUAUCUGGAACAUGCAGUAGACUUUACAUGAUUAUAGUCAACGAUGACUACGUUUGGCGUUCAAAGGCUACCAAUGCAUUGACAACUAAUUGUAUUUCUGACGUAUUUUCAUCCAAAUCCAUUGUUGAUUUAACAAAUCGGGAUAAAUGUGUUAUUGAAUCUCGAUGGAAACGCGGUAUCUUCCAAGAAACAGCUCUUAUUCAGAAUAAGAAACCAUUAAUUCCAUGGUUGUCCAUUGACUCGAAAAAUCUUUGGGUUACUCGAGGAAACACUCUUUGUAAAUUUCAACGGUUAAAAGAUGGACGGAUCAAGUCGUGUCCAUCAAUGAAAUUUUCAUAUCACCAAGAAGAUAUUUUGAAAUUUAAAGUCACCAAUAAUUUCAUUGCCACGGGAAGCUUGGAUGGUACUUUAACUGUUUGUAAUAAACAUUCUGGAAAGCUUUUAUCAAUCAAAUACAAAGCACAUUCAUCUGUUAUCAACUCCAUUGACUGUCUUCAUCAAAGAUUUAUGGUAACUGGUUCAAAGGAUAGGAAUGCUAAAAUUUGGAAAUUAGAUUUCGAAGGAGGACAUUUCAAUAGCGAUUCCGAUGUUAAAAAUGAAUCACCCUACAAUUGCUCAUUAACAUGUUCACAGUCCAUUGGAAUUGGUGACCGAGUUCUCUCUGUUUCUUGCAGCCAAGAACGAGAUUGGGUAGCAAUUGGUUCAGCUGGAUGUGCCAUUGAUAAAACAAUUUUCAUUUUUGAUGUUCUUGGUAACCGUAUGAUUGGUACUCUUAACGAUGAACAUCGUCAUGGAGCCGGAGUCCUCGGAAUCCAAUGGGAAGACUCCAAUACGCUUCUCUCUUGUGGCUAUGAUACUCUUAUCCGUCUCUGGGAUCUUCGCAGUCCCGGUGGAAAAUGUGUCCUUAAAUGGGAAGAUCCUCACGACUCGGCAAUCUAUUGUCUAGCAACCGAUCAUUGGGUUACCAUUUUGUCGGGCACUUGUCGUCACGGAGUUGUUCGCCUUUGGGACAAAAGAAGGGCCAAACAUUGUGUCCAAAUGUAUUACGGAGGCCGUGAAAAUAGUCCAGUUUACUCGCUUGACUUUGAUCCGUGUUAUCUUUACAUUGCCUUGGAUAAGUCAAUUAACUUGAUGAACUUUCGGAUGGGAUCUCAUGCUAAAAAUCAUUGUUGAUUGGUUGAAAAAUUUUAACAAUUCAAGUUGAUGUUUAUUGUAAUUUAUCCGCUUCCAGUUAAACAAAUUAUUGCUAGAAAUGAAUCUAAAACACGUUAUUCAACCUCUUCUCUUUCCCCUGUUAUCUAAUAAAUUACUGUUGUUCAAAAUUGUUUCUCCGUUUAACUCAGAACUUUGUAUUUUCAAAUUCUUGAAUUAGUUUUAACCCAAUCUCUUCCUCUAUUUGUUGAUUUGCUGAAAUAAAUUCAUAUAAUAAUAAAA